UAAUUGUUCUGAGUGUUAUUAAUUAAUUCCAAGAUGUUCUUCAGGGCUUGUCUCUAUAUCUCUAAACUGUAUAUAUGAAUUAACAGUAUACAAUUGCUGACUGGAUCGGUCAGAUCAUACAACUUGAUCCGCCCAGAGGGGCUCAGAAUACAAAUUUCACAUCCAGAAUUACAUACAACUCUCACUUUCGUCUGGAGGUUUUAUUCUGGUCGUUGGACUCUACUGAAGCCCCACUUAUUGGUCGCAGGGAUAUCUUGCUUAACCGCCACUGGCUAUUCAAUCUGAACCUCGCAACAUAACCCAAUUCAAACAACAUGUUUCGCAAGAAGGCCGAGGCUUCACUGAAACCAGAAAAAUUACAAUAUGCGCAUAUAGGGUCUGGAUAAUAGCAUGUCGCAGUCACUGGGCAAACCAGACAUAUCUCCUCCAGACCAGUGUCAAGAGUCGUCAUCAUACGUACCGCCAUUAUGACAACUUCCGAGGUCAACAGCCUCAACCUCCUUGACCUCCCUGUGGAUAUUCUCAGCAUCGUUCUGAAGCCACUUGUUACAUCUUUUACGCCCAUCUGUCUCUGCCCAUGCACCCGAUCACCCAUCAACCCGCUACCCAUUCUCCUCUCUCACCCAGCGCUACACACCAUCGCCACUCCGCUGCUGUACGCAGGAAACGAAUUCUUACUGGACGCAUCCGGACCCCAUGCACAACACAUCCGCCGAGAAUUACAGAGCGCCCCGCCCGGAGCCGACGACAGACUUCACGGCCGAGCUACGCUGCUCACGACACGAGAUGCUUUACGCAGAAUAGCAAGACUGGAAGUACGAAUUGACCGCUUAAGAGGGUGGAUAGGAACAGAUAUUAUACCGCUGCUCACAGAGCUAGCUGUGCAAGGAAGAAUGGAUUACCUCACAGUCUGGGUUCGCACCCCCAUCGAGCCGAGGACUCCGGUCCAUUUCCGCCCUGCCAAGCCGGGAAAGGAUCUGGGCAUGUUUGCACGACCACCACUGGAGGGCUUACUGCGUGUUCUGGCAGAUCCAUACCUGCUGUCAGCGCGGUUAUGGGUAGACGCGCGGCAUGCGAAGACGUGGUGCCGGUUCCAUGCCGGAGGAUGCGGAGCAGAGAGUGGAGACCCGGGACGGGAGCGGGAGAGGGUGGAGAUUGAUUGGCGGGAGAUAAUCCGGGUGGUAGAUCCGGAAAGAAAGGAGAUUACGGUGAUAGGAACUGAGAAGAAGUGGUGAAUUUCACAGGCAAGGAAACUGAGUAUGAUCUUUCAGCUUUUGAGGAUUGUGGCACAUGAAAUGAAAGGUGAGGGUGUGUGUUGUACGUGGCGGAUUAUGGACGGUCAGAGGCGGCACAGAAGCCGAGAUGUGCAGUGGCUUUGUAUGAAGAUGAAGAAGAGGGUGUACGAGAUGGUUGCUCCUAAGAAUUGAUCAACAUGUGAAGGUUUCUCAGAUAGAUCAUCAUACUGAAGGAUCUACGGGGUGCAAGAAGAGGAAAGAGAUGCAUUUGCUUCGUUUUAGCUCUCAGCAAGCUAUCAAUUUCAUCAACUGGGGCUGGAAAGACUAAUAAACUUAGGCUUAAAUUGUGUAAAUAACAGCGCAAUAUGCUUGGACCUCAGGUCAACUAGAGUAAAAGUGAUCAACAUGAGCAUC